CACUGGAAACGAUCAAUGGAAGUUUGGAUGUCCAAGCUUGCUUCACGAUAACGCCAGCAACUAUUUGUUGAAUUCUAGGGCUAGGCUACUUUGCCAACUUCAACUGCAGCUCAUCAUGGCCAAAGGCCAGCCACCUCAAAGUGGGCCGAUCGGCGAGGUCACUGAAGUGCCGAAGCUCGAUCUCGAAACCUAUAUCCAAAACUACACAGGAACCACAAAAUUUGAGCGCCUGUUAUUUAUCGGAUUACACUCGACCGUAUUACGCGCCGAGGCACUCAAAGCGGCUGUGGUGGAGGCAAAGAAAGGUCGGAAUGUAGCACAUUACAACGUGGCCCAAGAGGCAUACAGUCACGUCGCCCCGGACGAGCCAGAAGCACAACAUGACGACCAAUGGGUAACCAGCAUGGAAAAGCAGAAUAAAGUUGAAGGGGCACGCCUGGAAGCAGAAUUGAAGGGCUACAAGAACAACCUCAUCAAAGAGAGCAUACGGAUCGGAAAUGAGGACUGCGGCAAAUUUUACCAGAGUACUGGGAACCUACAAAGGGCAUAUGAAGCAUACCAAAGGAUGAGACAGGAUGCGAUCAUCAACAAGCACAUCAUCGAGCUCAACAAACACUUGACGACAAUCACAAUCGAACAAAAGAACUGGCUGGGUGCCGUCAACCACGCUCAAAAACUCUUGUCCGUGACAGAGCAAACACAAACGGAAGAAGCAAAGGCUGUGCAGCCAUUUAUCAAGAUUGCUCAAGGGUUGGCGUUUAUGGCCCAGAAAAAAUACAGUGAAGCAGCGACUUCGUUUCUUGGAGUCGGUACAGGCAUGGAUGCACCUGCGAUUAUGAGUGGGAACGAUGUGGCCAUAUACGGAAGUCUUUGCGCACUUGCUUCGAUAGAUCGGGAUCAGCUGCAGAAGAGAGUGCUCAACAGCAGUACUUUCAGGAGUUAUCUGGAGCUUGAGCCAGAAGUCCGCCGAGCCAUUACUUCGUUUGUCAACGGCAGGUAUUCUGUGUGCUUGUCAAUUCUCGAAGGCUACCGAAACGAUUAUCUUCUUGAUAUCCAUCUAUCCAGCCAUGUGGCGGAUAUAUUCCGCCUUAUUCGUAGCAAGAGCAUCGCGCAGUACUUCAUACCUUUCUCAUGCGUCACAUUGGAAAGUUUGAAUGCGUCGUUUGCCCAGUCGGGGGAAUCGAUUGAGGAAGAGCUGUUGGGAAUGAUCAAGAACGGGACCUUGAACGCGCGGAUUGACACAAGCAAGGGGACGCUCAAUGCAGUCAUCCCUUCACCCCGAGCCCAACUGCAGCAAAAGACCCUGGAUUCAGUAAAGGAAUAUGAGCGCGAACUUCGACAACGCAUACUGCGCAUGAACAUCGUUAAUGCCGGCCUGGAACUGGAGUCAAAGAAUGGCGUCAGCCUGGGCGGCGACCAAUCAACCGACCUUGACCUGGUCGACUUUGAGGCUAUUGGCUCGCCCUCUUACGGAAGCUCAUUUAAGGAUCUGGAGGGGGACGAGACUCUGGGGUAGAGUGGGGCCGUCUUGAGGCUCGGCGUAUGGAUAAAAAUCGAAAGGGGUUUGGUGAAAUAGCGACUAGUAGCAGUGAUAUUUGGUUGGCGCUGAAGCGUUUGCUGUCAUUGCAUGAUACCGGGGCAUUUGGGGCGUUCAGAUGGGGGCGAAUUAUCGUAUUGCUUUGAAAUACAGAAGUCUUUUGACGGCCUAGACGGUGAGCCAACUGAGAGAUCUUUUCUGAGUACGGCUGUUAUAAUGAAUCUCAUGACACAGGUUUUCCCCCCACGUUAUACAAAACAAAAAUGCCAGAUGACUAGUACAUGCG